CCCUUGGGGCAGCAAUCCCGUGUCCCCCGUCCGGGCUCUGCCCGGUGCGGUGCGCAGAUCCUUGGCCAAGGCUGGGCUGCCCCAGCUGCGAGCGAGAGCAGGCUGCCUCUCCCCGGGCAGGGUCCCUUUUGCCUUGGCACGGAGGCGGAAGUGGACUUGAGACCAAAAGGAUGGAAGAGAGGAGAAGGGGAGGAGGAGAGCAGAAUUGCCCUGCUACGUGGCUGGUGGGGUGGAGAGGGUUGCAGCGCCUGAACCUCCUCCGCUUUCCGGAGACGCAGGGGUGCGGUGCCUGGCUGCCCCGGCCCGCAGUGCCCCUGGGGUGCCAGCGCGGGCCCUGGGAGGGUGGUGGGGACACGGGGACACCCCAAGGUCCCCGUCCAGGAGCCCCCAAAGGGCUCUGUGGGGCAGUGCUGGGGAGCUGGGACGCGGCCCGGGCAGUGCUCGAACUCCCCCGGCAGCAUCGGUGCCCACAGAGGAGCCGAGAGCCUUCAGCCUCCACCAUCAUCAUCGGCACAGGGGAACCACAUGGUCCCUUCCCUGCCACAGGGCACUCGGCCCCGGUGGGGAACUCGUGGGCGUUGUGGAGAGGGCACCAGGGGCUGCGGGGACGAGCGGCACCGAGCCCUGCUCCCUGUCUCUUGCAGAUCCUCCCCCAGCGGUGCUGCAGAGCCGGGAAGCUGGGCUUGGUCACCAUCGGGGCCCUGGGGCUCUGCUUCCUGCUGGACCCCACCAAGCACUCGGGGCCCAGCACCGACCCCAGCUCCACCGUGGCCCCCAGCCUCCCCCCGACCCGCUCCCUGCCCAUAGCCACCCCCUGCGUGGCCAACAGCUCGGUGCACAACAUCUCCGGCUUCGAGGAGCUGCCCCAACAAGUGAAGGACUUCAUGAGCUACCGGCACUGCCGGUCCUUCCCCCAGCUCCUCAACGUCCCCGGGAAGUGCGGGGGACCCCAGGGGUCGUCCAACAUCUCCCUCCUCCUGGCCAUCAAGUCAUCGCCGGCCAACUACGAGCGGCGGGAGGUGAUCCGCAAGACGUGGGGGCAGCAGAGGACCUUCGAAGGGGCGCAGAUCCGCAGGGUCUUCCUCAUCGGGGUGUCCCCCAACGCCCGCGAUGCCAGGAAGCUCAGCUGGCUGCUGCACCUGGAGCAGCGGGAGCACAGGGACGUGCUGCAGUGGGACUUCAGCGACACCUUCUUCAACCUGACGCUGAAGCAGGUGCUCUUCCACACCUGGCUGGAAGAGCACUGCCCCGGCGUCCACUUCAUCUUCAACGGGGACGACGACGUCUUCGUCAACACGGACAACGUGGUUCACUUCAUAAAGACCUCCCAGGGCAACCAGCACCUGAUGGUGGGCUCCGUCUUAAUCAACACGGGGCCCAUCCGGGAUAGUGGCAGCAAGUACUUCGUGCCCAAGCAGCUGAUGCCCUCGGAGCUGUACCCGCCCUACUGCAGCGGUGGCGGGAUGCUCAUGUCCGGCUUCACCGCCCGCGUCAUCUACCACGAAUCCCAGAGCAUCGACCUCUUCCCCAUCGAUGACGCCUACCUGGGCAUGUGCCUGAAGAAGGCAGGACUGCGCCCCGCUUCCCACAACGGCAUCCGGCUCUGGGGCAUCUACGUCCCCCCCAACAGGGACUCCUUCGACCCCUGCUACUACCGGGAGCUGCUGGUGGUGCACCGCUUCGUGUCCUACGAGACGGCCGCGAUGUGGCAGGCCAUCCACGAGCCCCAUCUGAGCUGCGGGAGGAAGGUGAUUUUCUCCUAGGGUGCUUGGUGUCCGGGAGGCACCAGGACACGACGGUGCCGCUGCUGCUGCUCGAUGCCACUGCCGUGAGCGAGGGGUCUGAGGAACCCUGAUGUGGGGCUGGCCCACGGCUCUGCUGCGGCGUCUGCAGUGCUGAGCUCUGGCCUGUGGCUGCUGAGUGCCACCAGGGCUCAUCCUUCUUCUGGCUGGAUUCUGCCUGGUUUUGCCCCAGAACCUGCCCUGUUUUGGCCAGGUGAGCUCCGAAGCACCCGUGGGAGAAUAAAGGAGUGGAUUUUGGAAAUGAGGGCGUGGGGUCUGGUGCCUUCCUAGGGCAGGGGAAACGUGCCUCACUGUGCCUGCGAGGCUGGCAGGGGGGCUACGGGUAGGACAGGGCCAGCUUGGGGGGAGCGUGGGCUUGGGGUAGGGGGGGUCCCCGGCAGGGUGAG